CUGCUUUGCAGCGUCGCUGCCCGGUUGGAAAAGCUCGCGAUGCUUCCCCCCCUGCAAAUGCACCCUUUACCGCUUUCAACAUGGCAGGAGGCGAACUCGUGUUGGAAGGCAGAGUGAGCCUGACCGGCUUUGUGCUGGGACUGGCCGUUGUAUUCAUUCCGGUGCUGACCUCGGUGGAUGUAACCGGAACUGCGGGAAAGGGGAUCCUUGCCAUUUACUUGGGAGUGGUAAACGCGACCCUGCUGAUUUUGUACAAUGGGCAUAUUCAUAAGGUGGCCAUGCGUGCAGCUCUCCUUGGUUUCACAUUCGGAUGUGGCUUGCUGAUAAGCUUUGGUCAGACAACAUGGACACACUUUGGCUGGUAUAUGUGUGCCUUGUCCUUCUUUCACUACUCGGAGUACCUGAUGACGGCCGUCAUGAACCCUCACAGCCUGACACUGGACUCCUUCCUGCUGAACCACAGUGUGGAAUACACAGUAGCAGCAGUCUGCUCCUGGCUGGAGUUUAUACUGGAGAAACUCCUGAUCCCAGACCUGAAGCAGUGGAGAUGGCUGAGUCUACUUGGUCUUCUCAUGGUCCUCUCUGGGGAGGGUCUGCGUAAGUCGGCCAUGAUGACAGCUGGAUCCAACUUUAACCACAUCGUCCAGAAUGAAAAGGCCCAGAGCCAUGUGCUGGUGACUGCCGGCAUCUACUCCUGCUGUCGCCACCCCUCCUACGUGGGUUGGUUCUACUGGAGCAUCGGCACACAGGUGAUGCUCUGCAACCCCCUGUGCCUGCUGGGAUACACCUUAGCCAGCUGGCGCUUCUUCCGGGAGCGUGUUGAGGAGGAAGAGCUGUCCCUCAUCCUCUUCUUCGGUGAGGAAUACCUGGACUACAAGCGCAAGGUUCCCACUGGCUUGCCCUUCAUCCCAGGAAUCCAGAUAGAAUCUUAGACUCUGUGGAGACUAGGGUUGCAAAGGGCAGGUAAAUUUCCAGAACCUUUCCAGAAACUUUCCAUUUCAUGGGAAGUUAAGCUAAGGAAUUUUGGAAAUAUUCCAAAUUGGAAACUUUCCAUGGCAAUUACCGGGAAUAUAUGGGAAUUAAUGGAAAAUUUUCCGACUUUUGUAACCCUAGAGGAGACCCAUCAAAGCUUGUGAUAAGCGAUGACUCUGGUGGUCCUGUGAAUACAGUUCACCACUUAGUGGCUGGAGGAACAAGUGAUUGGAGUAUGUGGGUAACGCUAAUGGUCAAAUGCCACAGGGGUUUCUCUGUGUGCUGAAGAGACCAUGGCGUCCUGCGUGGAAGCUCUGAUGCCGCCACACCACACAAAGCAGCCAUUUCUUUCCUGCUUGGCGCUUUCCACGUCCUUCACACCAGACCUUCCGUGUGCGGAGAGAUAGCAGCUACUUCUUUGUUAUGCACAGACCUGGGGACUUUCAUUAAAUAUUGUCUUUGCGACACAAAAUGUUGUGCACUUGUUUAUUUUUUUCUCUGCUAGUGCCCUAAUUUGGAAUAAGGGUGUGACCCCAGUUAGUCCACAUUUUUCUGGAAAACCAGCACAGGAAAAAAAUUGGCAUGAAAUCUGGCAGGGGCGCAAAAAAAGGAGGGUAUUGGCUUUUCCGUGUUCUUCUCCUUGUGCUUAAUUUCACAGCUCGUCCAUGUCAGUCAUGAUGCCUUCGACCGUUAUUAGUAUUUACUCAGCAGUUCCUGCCCUGCCUUUGAUUAUACCAUUUCUUUAUAACCGAGCUGAAUUUCUGUAUUUCAGUUACUCUGUGGGGUGGAUGCAAAAUAGACUACAAUCUUUUUAUUGCUCAAAUGCUGUUCAAAAUUGAAUUGUACCUAUAUAAAGCUCCUACUUUGUGCCCCCAAAAGCAUAAAAAUACAUGAGUUCUAAUACCUACAAACCUACAGUUUUUUUUGCAUAUACAUAUAAGGUAUUUCAACAGAAGUGUCUCAAAGUUUUGUGUAUGAAAGUACUACUGUAAGAGUAACCUGGCUUAAUGUCCUGGUGGGACUGAUUGAGUGAGUACUGUGGCUGUUUCACUUGGUUUGAAUUUCCUUAUUAAGCACUUACU